UUUCAUCAUCCAAACUCAUAACAAGUAAACUGAAGUUUCUUUUAGGUGGAGAACAGUUAAUCGAUAAUGGCCUCUUUCAAUUGUUUCAUUCUGGCCUUCUUUAUAGCCUUGUCAUUUUCAAGCAUGGAUGUUUGCUUUGCUGCUCGUCUUCUUUUGCAAUUGCCUCCUCUACCUUCAAUGCCAAUGCCUGCAUUGCCUCCAAUGCCUGCUAUUCCAACUCUUCCACAGCCCACAUUGCCAACCUUGCCAACAACUCAACCUUCUCUGCCCAAGCCAAAUCUGCCUCCACUUCCUAACCUUCCUAACAUUCCAACCCUCCCAAAGGUCACUUUGCCUCCAUUGCCAAGCAUUCCUUCCAUUCCCAGUAUCCCAACUACAAUUCCCACCCUCCCUUUCCUUUCUCCACCACCUAUGAAUUAAUUAAUUUCGCCUUGUGGGAUCUUGUUGCAUUGAAGGACUUGGUUGCUUAUUUCUGGUUUUAUUGUGUUACACUUUAGCAACAUUUAUUUGUAUGAUUAUAUGACAGUGUGAUUUGCCAAUUUGUGUUGGACUUAAUUAUCUUCAUUUUUAAA